AUGCCCUCCUCUUCCCCCCUCCGCCUCCUCUUCACCCGAACUCACCAAUUCACCACCUUUCGUGCCCCAUUCCUCCUCCGCCAGCAGCGCAACCAGAUCUUCCGGCGGUAUCAGCAAACCGUCGCGGGAACUCCAACCGUCGAGGGCGCUCCAGGCGCAAAGCAGAGUAUCUUACAGCGAUUAUGGACGAGUGAAGUCGGGCUUAAGACGGUGCACUUUUGGGCACCGGUAAUGAAAUGGGCCAUCCUCCUCGCGGGCGUCAGCGACUUCUUCCGUCCCGCAGACAAGCUCUCCCUGACGCAGAAUCUGGCGUUGACAGCUACGGGGAGUAUUUGGACGAGGUGGUGCUUCAUCAUCAAACCCAAGAACUAUCUAUUAGCAGCAGUGAAUUUCUGCGUCGCGAUCGUGGCGUCUGUCCAAGUGAGUCGGAUUCUGGCAUACAGGGCGAGUGUGAAAGGGUCGAAAGCGGGGGCGCUGGAGGAGAGCAAGGAGGAGAUAAGAAGCGCAGCGAAAGGGGUGAAAGAGGAUGUAAAGAAGGUGGUUCCAUAG